GUCGCGUUGCCUCGUUGCCAUGGCUACCGCAACCCGGAAGUGCCCCGAGCCGGGCGCCGCGGCCUGAGGUCGGUCCCGCUAUGGCCGCGGAGGGGGAGCUGGGAGAUGACAGCUUGUCUGUGAUAACCUGUGAAUCAGAUGCAGAAAUGAAAUUAAAGAAGAAAAUUUUUCACAAGCCUCCAAAGUCACCAAAGUCUCCGUACAGCUCUAGCACACAACUGUAUCCUAAGAAAGCUGCAGUUUGGAGAUCUCUGCAGGGAACAGGCAACGCACGUUUUGAGAGUGCAGCUAUGAAAAACCCAAAGCAGAUGUGGCUGGGAUCACUGAAACAAGGAAUGAGCCAUUCCCUGAAAUCAGAUGUUGACAUGGGACAUCCACGAGCUGGCAUUUCUAGUAGCACUCCAGAGUAUUUGAAGGAAGCUCUAGGAAUGAAGAAGCCCAAACAUUCCCGUUCUUCUAGUAAUGGCUACAUUCCUGGAACUCCCGACUACAAGGAAAAAGAAGAUAUGUAUGAUGAAAUCAUAGAACUGAAAAAGACAAUACAAGCUCAGAAAAAUGAAGGAAAUCGUAUGAAAACUAAGCUCCGUCGGCUAGAAGAAGAGAAUAACAGAAAGGAUAAACAGAUUGAACAACUGUUGGAUCCUUCCAGGGUGACUGUUUCUUUAGGGCAAAGGGGCUCUGAGCUGGCACGAUCUUUGUCAGCAAAGAAGUCUGGUAACGGAUGGGUGGUUAAUGGAUUAAAACAGAAGAUUUUCAAGCUAGAACAGCAGUGCAAGGAGAAAGACAACACUAUCAACAAAUUCCAGUCAGACAUGAAGACCACUGAUUUGGAAGAAAUGAGGAUAGCUAUGGAGAGCUACUGUGAUGAGGUUCAUCGUCUCCAAAUCCUCCUGGCAAAAUCCGAGACUAUGAAGAAAAAUGCAGAGGGCAGAGAUACACAAAAACGACUGAAGGCACUGAAUGCUGCUGUCCUGAGGUUGUCCCGGAAUAUCAAGGAAUUGCAGAAUGAGAAUCGGUGUCUGAAAGAAGAUCUAGAUCACAUAUUGAGCUGUUCUCCUGCAUCCAGUAAAACAAAAAAUUAUAGUGAAUGGAGCAGGCAGAGCCUUAUGAGGCGGAUUUUGGAACUAGAAAAGAAAGUAGGUGACAUGGAGAACACCAGAGUAUUGUCAGCAGAUAGUGAGUCAACACAGUUACUUGGUGUGUCAUCUUCAUCUUCUACAGACCCAAAUCAUGCAGCCUCUCAACAGGUAGAUCAUGUUGAGGAAUGCCAUCGUCUCCAAGGGCUAGUAAAGAAACUGAAGAGUGAUAGGAGUGCUCUUCAAAGUCUUCUACUUAGUAGAGAUUUAGACAUCAAGCAGUUGCUUCAGGCCAAGACUGAAGCAGAGCUGGAGCUGCAGAAGUACCAGAAUAACAAGGAAGAAAGCACUAAGGAAGAGCAGACCUUAAGAGAGGAAAUCCAGAACCUUACACAGAAAGAAGGGAAAUCACAGUCAAAAUUGGAGAAAGAGGAGAGACAAAUGACAGAAGAUGCAUUGGAAAAACUUAAUGAGUGUUCACCAGACUGCAGAGUUAAAGAUGAAGAAGAUUACAAGAAGGAGCAAGCAGCCAAAUGUAUCCAGAGAUGGUGGAGGUUGUAUCAAAACAAGCAAGCUUUCGAACAAGAGCGAAGUUUGUUAGGCAGUGAAAAUAUUGAAAUGAUAAAAUAUAAGAAGGAAGAAAUUGCUCUGGAUGAGGCAGUUGUUGUGCUUCAGGCAGCUUUCAGAGGACAUCUGGCUCGACAGAAGCUGCUACUGAGCAGUGGGCUGCAUGAUGCCCAACCUUACAACAGGCAAAGCCUUGGAAGAAAGAACUCCUGUGUGCCUCAUGUGUCAAACUCCUUGAGCUCAUCUUCUCUCUGCAAGGAGAAAGAGAAGAUUGUGACAUUCAUCCAGUCCAUUUUCAGGGCUCACUUAACACGUACAGUACUGCUUGAGCAAAGGUCCUCUGUGCCUAGCGCAACAAGUGAGAAAACAGAUUCUGCUAUCUGCAUUACAGAGAACAAACCAGUCUCAGUAGCACUCCAGAGAACUUCAACCAGCAUGUCAUCUCUUCCUGUUGUUUCGGCCGGGUCUUGUGAGAAGCAGCCGCAGCCCACUCUGUCUCUGUCUGUGGAUGAAGCUCACUCGGAUGAUUCAGAUGAUAUUGUAAUUGUCUCUCCAUCGUUGAGGAUGAAGAAAACCUCCACCCACUUCCUUAAUGGGCUCUGAUCUUGAAUUAUUUGAUUCGCAGACAAAGGUAUUUCCACCGAGGUAAAGCGUAUCAAAGAUGAACAAAGGGGGAAUAUUAGCCUGCAGUUGUCUGCUUUUUUUCCAGCUGUGGAUGAAUACUUGUUUGAUAUGUCAUCUCUGCAGAUAUAUGGCUAUGAGCUGCUGACUGUCUGUUACCCUUAGCCUUGUGGUACAAAGAGGGAGUUUGGGUUUUAAAAAUACUGCACUAAAACAGUUGAAUUUGGGAGACAGAAGUUGAAAUUGACAAAUUUAAAUGAAAGCAGCAAAGACUUGAGAUAUUUCAUAGAAUCAUAGAUUUGUUUGAGUUGGAAGGGAGCUUUAA